UGGAUGAAAUUAUUACUAUUAUUCAUAUAAAAAUUGAAUAAUUGGAGAACAACAACCCGCAAAAACGCUAUUAAUCUGUAUCAGUAUCAAUAUAACAGGUUACACAUAGCCUAAUAUUCACGUAAUGGUUAUUCAUGGACAGGUUAUUCAAGAUUAAACUGUUUUUGUUGCUGCUGAAUAUGACAAUUAAGCGUCUCGGGCGACAUAACGUGUUUCUGUCGGCGCAAAUAUUGAAUUUAGUCCUUCAAAACGCAAAUACAAUUCGUUUAAAAUGUCUGCUAAACGUCUGUGGCAGAAGACAGCGAGUAAAAACAGGUGUAUAUAUUUAAAGCCCCGUGGAAAACAUCGCGCAGGGCACGGCUCGCGCUCAACCCAACAGCUGAUGUAUUUUUUACAUUUUCAUUAGCUGGGAAAGAUACAUUUUCCAUCAAUAAUAGAUUCAUAUGGUGGUCAGAGGAGGAGAGGACAUGGGGAGGGGUUCAAUCCUUUUGGUUGGAGAUAAGAGAGGAGGAGUGGCCGAUAGAGAGAAUCACUAAUGAGCGCGACUCACCUCAUCAAAGACGCGCGUGUUCGGACUCUGUCUAGCGCUGCUGUCGCGCGCAGUGUCAUGAUACUAUGGGUUGCGUGCUGAACUCUACGGGACCAGAGCUGCUAUUACAACUGGAGGCUUUGAGAUCCACCGCUCAACAACUAGCCCAACUUUAUCAACUCUCGGGAAAGAAAAAGAUCUAUUAUAAAGCUAUUAGAGAUAUUGAAAUAGGGGAGGAGUUACUGGUUUACAUGAAGGACGGAGUUUUCCCCGAGGGCUCAAUGGCACCGAACCUGGAAGAUGAGCAGAUGUACCGCUGUGAACACUGUGAUGAACUCUUUACAUCAAAGCUGGAGUUACGGCGGCAUCAGAAAUACUCCUGCAGUAGCAGCAACUCUAUCUUUGACUCGCUAAGCGAAGACUUCAAACAGGAGCGUGAAGACAGCGAUGAGCCAGUGCACGAGUGCAAAGACUGUGAAAAGAUCUUCCCUAGCGAGUACAGUCUCGGGCAGCAUAUGAUCGUGCACACAGAAGAGAGAGAGUAUAAGUGUGACCAGUGCCCUAAAGCUUUCAACUGGAAAUCCAACCUCAUUCGCCAUCAGAUGUCACAUGACAGUGGCAAGCGCUUUGAGUGUGAAAACUGUGAUAAGAUGGAUGUCACACCACAGGACGUCAACUUUCCAAAAGUGUUCACAGACCCCAGCAACCUCCAGCGCCACAUCCGCUCUCAGCACGUCGGUGCCCGAGCCCACACCUGCCCUGAGUGUGGCAAGACCUUUGCCACCUCCUCGGGCCUCAAGCAGCACAAGCACAUACACAGCAGUGUCAAGCCUUUCAUCUGUAAGUCUGAGCAGUCUUGUCUAAGCCUCAGAUACAAUUACCAGUGUCCAAAGACCUCCCGGCUAGCUCCACCCCAAGAUUGUGACAGCUGUUGUUUUAUAGGUGAGGUGUGUCACAAAUCGUAUACCCAGUUCUCUAACCUGUGUCGUCACAAGCGGAUGCAUGCAGACUGCCGCACCCAGAUCAAGUGUAAAGACUGUGGGCAAAUGUUCAGCACUACCUCCUCCCUCAACAAGCACCGGCGCUUUUGCGAGGGCAAGAACCAUUAUAAUCCCGGAGGCAUGUUCACACCGGGCAUACCAAUGACAUCCAGUCCCAUUUUAGGCAAAUCCAAGUCUCAUCCUGGCUUGAAUCAUGGUGGACUUGGCUUCGGUGAUUACUUCUCAUCCAGGGCACAUCAUGCAGGUUUGCCCUUUUCCCCAGCACCCCCUGCAUUCCCAGCCAUUUCCCAUGGCUUCCCAGGGAUCUUUCCCCCAUCACUAUAUCCUAGACCGCCAUUGUUACCUCCUAGUUCACUGCUUAAGAGCCCACUUAGCAACAGUCAAGAUGGGAAGCUGCCUCCUCUUGAUGCUCCUACUCUUUCCGUGGUCUCAUCCAUGCACAACAGCAAUGGCAAUGUAGGAAGUGGUCUCAGCAGCCAGUCAGAGGAGAACCGAGAGUCCAAAUUGGACUUAUCAUUCUCAGACAACAAGAAUAAAGUGAAGAUGAACGACAUGUCUGAUGGUAGUGACUUGGAAGAUGUUAACACAUCUAGUGGCACAGAUCUAGACACCACCACUGGCACUGUGUCUGGCUCCGACUUAGAAAGCGAGGCAGAGAGCGAACGGGAGAAGAGCAGGAGGAAACCGGUGCAGGAGAGCAAGCAGGACGAAGUGAGCAGCAGUUCAGUAUCUGUCUCCAGUUCAGGGAACCUCCCUUGUGAGCGCCCUUUCCUCUCCUCCCAGCAUUCCUUUUUCCCACCACCAGAAGAGCAAGCACUUCCACCCUCCGGGGCCACCACUGACUCCAUUAAAGCCAUUGCCUCCAUUGCAGAAAAGUACUUUGGCCCGGGAUUCAUGGGCUUGCAGGAGAAGAAGAUGGGCUCCUUAAACUACCAUUCCAUGUUUCCUUUCCAGUUUCUGCCCAACUUCCCACAUUCCUUGUACCCAUUCACAGACAGAGCACUCAAUCCUGGCAUGUUCUUCAAACCUGAGCCUAAAUCCCCUCGUGAGCACAUACAGAAAUUACCUACAGCCACUGGUGCGGAUUCACCCUUUGACCUAACCACCAAACCCAAGGAGGUCAAACCUCUCCCUCCACCCCCCAGCAAGCCAGCCUUGCCAUCCAACGCCCUCCUGGCCCCUGGUGAGGAACAGCCUCUGGACCUUAGCAUAGGCAGUCGAAGCCGAGCCAACCAGAACGGCGGCACACAUGAACAGCGCAAGAAUCACGUCUAUGGCGCAAACUGCAAAGCAGCUAAAGAUGAACACCCAGCACUAACUCAGUCCCAGAACUUGCACCAGCCCCAGAUGCCUCAGCCGCAAGUAUCCCUUCCCCAGCCACCUCCUCCCCAGCAGCAGCCGUCGCUCCACUACGCCAAGCCUUCGCCAUUCUUCAUGGACCCCAUCUACAGCAGGGUGGAGAAGAGGAAGCUAUUAGACCCAGUAGGAGCUCUAAAGGAGAAGUACCUGAGGCCGGCACCACUACUUUUCCAUCCUCAGGUGUCUGCGAUGGAAAACAUGACUGAGAAGUUGGAAAGCUUUAGCGCUCUGAAACUGGAUGCUCCCAAUUCCCUCCAGCACCCCUCGCACCAUCUUUUUAACUUCCGCUCCCCGCCUCCCUCUCUCUCCGAUGCUAUCUUACGCAAAGGCAAGGAGCGAUACACCUGCAGGUACUGUGGGAAAAUCUUUCCCAGGUCAGCUAAUCUUACAAGGCACUUACGAACACACACAGGAGAACAACCCUACAGAUGUAAAUACUGUGACCGUUCAUUCAGCAUCUCCUCCAACCUCCAGCGACACGUUCGUAACAUUCACAACAAGGAAAAGCCUUUCAAGUGCCACCUUUGUAAUCGCUGCUUCGGUCAACAGACCAAUCUGGACCGCCACUUAAAGAAACAUGAACAUGAGAAUAUUCCAGUGAGUCAGCAGUCUGGGAUCCUCUCAAAUUUAGGAACAAAUAUUUCCUCACCGAACUCUGAGUCUGACAAUCAUGCACUUUUGGAUGAGAAGGAGGACUCGUAUUUCUCAGAGAUUAGGAACUUCAUCUCCAAUAGUGAGCUGAACCAGGCCUGUAGCUCCUCAGAGAAAAGGUCAGAGCUGACAGAAGAAGAGCAUCCUCAGAGUCACACUCACGCUGCCUCCAAACUGGAGGAGGAGGAAGAGGAGAUGGAGGGAGAUGAUGAAGAUGAGGAGGGCUCGUUGACAGAAAAGUCACAGGACGAGACGGCCUCUCCCGCCACUAUGGUGCAGGGCACUUACGACGAGGAUGAGGAACCGACCCCUCUCCCUAUGUCUUACGAACAUACGCGCAGGCUUAUGCAAUGAUGCUCUCUCUGUCUGAGAACGCCAAUCUGCAUUCAUCCUCCCAGAACUCCUUGGAUGCCUGGCUCAACAUGGGAGGAGGGCCGUCGGAAACGAGCUCCUUUCACCCCCUCAACAACAUCUGAGAACAAGAACAAGACAAAAGAGAGAUCAGAAGAGAUGGAGGGAGAAAGGAGGAGAUGGGAGAAGAGACCAACACGAAGACCAGCAAUGCCACAGUAGACGAACCACCACUAUGCGCAUAAGACGGAGAACGUACUGUUGAGCGAAACAGACACAGGAACCAAUCGUAGAUGGGGGAGUUUUAUUACCCAGCAUAAAAGCAAGAAUGAAAUCAUCGAAUCCCAGCCAUAGCGUUUUUCCUGUCUGCAACUAGCCACUAUAGUGAUGUUCUCUCCUCAGCAGCUGAAUCAAGAGGGGACGAUGCAUUUGAAUGACUCUGAAAUCACCUCUCCACCUCAUUUUCAAUUAUAUGCAUUUCACAGAGACUGCUCUCAAGGGUUUUUUUUACCAUGUUCUCGGAGAAGCCCAAGGCCGGAUUGAGUGGACAGGGUAGUUGAUGUGUUUCUUCAACUGGAGAUUUUAACCGUUUCUAUACAGCAUUCCAUUCUCAAGUUGAUUUUCUACAGCACUGUACCAAGGUUUCCUUUAUAUUAACUCGCAACCGAAGUCUUACAGUAGAUCAUUAAUGUAGACACCGACAUUGAUUUCCAAUGGCAAUAGAAGCACUUAAGUCUAGCCCGCAACUAGCAUGCUAACUUUCCCCCAAGGCUGACCGCGGUUUGCAAGCCACUGGCUCAAAAAGUCUAUGCUGGAAGUCACUGGGAAACCUUUGUGAUUUUUGUUCGGCUGCUCAACAGUCAGAUAAAAGCAGACGAACCUUCAUACGAUAUAUCACGCAGCACGGUUGUUCGUGUGUAUAGCAUCAUCGUCAUUGUAAUUAUUGUUGUUAUGGUAAGUAUUUUAGCUGUAUACAGGCCUUUAGUCCCAACUGAAAAAUUGUUUUUAAGAGUUAAAUUAUUCUCCAGUGGGGCAAUUGGAAAAUCUUUUCUCCUUCUUCUUGAAUUCAGUAAUAUUAUGAUUUUUUUUUUUUUCUAUGUGAUUUGUUCCUCGGUAAACAGUAUUGUUUCUUUUUGAGCACAUCUGUGCUUUAAUGUUAAUAUAAUUCUUUAGUGAAGGACCAAAUUUGUACAAUAUUGUUGUAUGAUGUACAAACUAAGUUAACAGUUGGUAGCAGAGAGUGUUGUGUGCCAAAUAACCCCCUUUUCUUUGACAAUCAUUUCUUUUCCAAGUGGUCGCCUCCACUGUUAGUAGUUUUUUUUCCCUCUGUUGUUGCUACUUACAUUGAUGAGUGUUUGUCUUUUAUUUAUUUUUUUUUGUUUUGUUUGAUUUUUCUUUUUGAUUAAUGAAAAAAUGAAGAAAAAAAUGUUUUACCCACUCUUUUGAAGGAAUGAAAUUACUGAAAUAUCAUGGAAAUUCAGAAUUGUUCAAGCUCUUUGUAGAAAAGAAAGUUGCCAAAAUCUGAAUUACAAAAGACUGUGUUUCCUUUAUGAGCACAUAAUCAUGAAGUCUUGUUUAUGAUGCAUCUGUUCAACCAUUUAGAAAUGUAGGCACUGCGUGAUUAAAAAAAGAAAAAAAAUGUAAUUAAAAUAUCAGGUAACUCAAAUACAGGGGCAUUAUAUUUUGACAUUCUUACACAUUUUAUCACUCAUGGUCAAACAUCUUCAUAAAAAAAAAAAAAAAAAAAAAAAAUUGGGUCGACAGUGUAUCUCUGGGUUCAAAGUGCAUGUUUCCUAUGUCCCAUUUGUUUGUCAGCUGGUCCUAAAUAUCAUAUCAAAUUCUACAUAAUUCUUAAUAUUGUUUGUAUCUCAAAAGAGACACCGUAAUGGAGAGGGCAACAAUGGGAUUGUGAUCAAAUGGUGAGCAGCAACAUUAAAUGUUCACAAGAGCGUAGAGGGUUCUGAGAGAUCCAUGAAUACACAUGAGUCCUUAUCCCAACUUCUCUGAACUGUGAAGCCAGCGAAUGAAUCGUAAACAGCUGAAUGCAUAUCAUGAAUGUGUAGAGUAGAUUUAAUAUGUAGGUUAAGAGUCAAACUUCCUCAUAAAGUUACCUUCUCUUGAUUGAAUGUCUUUUUGGACAGGAUUUCAUACCUUUAUUUCCUCUCGACUCGACGUUCUCUGGAAUCAGCACUUAAACCGAGCGCACCCCUGUCUGCCUAACACAUACCCACGUCUGCCUAGUUCAUACUUUCCUAUACAUCUGAGCUCUUAUCUUAGUACUGAUUUUAAUGAAUUUUUUAAGCAAGGCUGGUUUUAACAAGCACUUUAACUCAUGGGUCAAACAGGCAUUUUUGUUAGAUGCUUUUGAAUAAAACAGCAAGGAAUAUCCAAGCAUUGCCAGAAGAGCUUGUCAGUUUUGAAAAUUAGGAAUGUUCAGGUGUCACUGCGAACACAGACCAAACAAGAUGGAUUUGACUGGCCUAUCACAGGGAAUCUGCUUGAUAAUGUGCUGUUUAAAAACUUGCAGCAGUGUUGUAUUUGAACAUACUACCAGGUGGCACUCUUACCCUGUUUCAUACUGUAUCUCCUCACUAUAUAAUUUACUCAAAUCCUUGAGUAAAAAGCCUGUGGGAUGCAUAGGAUUUCUAGGGAUGUAAUGGAAUUAUGAGUAUGAAGUCAUGUCACAUACUACUGUACUUAGCAAGCGCUGUAGGUGAAGAGAUUGACCCACACUGUUAAAAUCAUCAUGGAAAAUGGUCAAAAAAUGAACAAUGCAGAUCUCCUUGGCCCACUGUUACAUUGCAAACAAACGUAUCAUUUCAAAAACCAUAGAUAACGUGGUUUCUCUAAAAAGAAAAAAAAAAAAAGAAAGAAAAAAGUGUAUAGUAUUUCAAAAAAAUGACAUUGAGAUGUCCGAAAGUUCAUUUUAAACAUGGGUUUGAAAAUAGAUGGUGCUUGUUUCAUUUGGAUAUGAGUUGUAUAUUGCUUCUGUUAUGUUUAUUAAAGAUAUUGUGCAUGACUUGUGUUUUAGAGGUCAUAAUGGUGUCCAUUUGUGAAAUGUGUAUCUUAAAUUAAAAAGAAAAAAAAAAAAUAAUGAAUUUGUAGAUGCACUUAUUGUACAUGUGGUUAGGUUAGUAGGUUUGACUUUAAGUCCUGUUUACUGCCUUAAAUACUAUGGGCAGAUGGUUAUUGAACUGAACAAUAUGCUUGUGGGAGAGAAAUAAUGACAAAAUUUAAGGAUUGUAGAAUAAUACUGAAAAUUCUGAAGUUCUUUUUUUGAUGCUUGUGAUUACUGAAGAUGUACUUUAGAGCAAUUUCAUGGAAAAGACAUGAUUCUGAUGUUAAUUCUGUAGAAUAGAUAUGUAUACCAAAUGUAAUCUUUCCAAUGCUAUGAAGAAUUUAUACAUGAAAUUGAUAUGCAAUAAAAACCUGUGUGCUUUUUA